AUAUAAGGUUUCCGCGUCUACCUUAUCCUCUCAAGCUGACAUCGAUCUCCUUAGUCACUGGUUCACAACUCAUAAUCUCUCAAUAGAAGCAGUAACGGUAGCGAAGAAUUGAAAUGAGUUCUACGAGCAGAGCUUGGAUCGUGGCAGCAAGCGUUGGGGCUGUCGAAGCACUGAAGGAUCAAGGGUUCUGUAGAUGGAAUUACACUUUGAGAUCCCUCCAUCAACAUGCCAGGAACAAUUGCGGAUCUCUUUCUCAAGCCAAAAGAUUUCCCUCUUCCUCUUCUUCAAUGGCAAUGGCUAAUAAGGUGGUUCCAAGCGAUGAGAAGAUGAAGCAAUCGGAAGAAUCUCUCAGAAAAGUAAUGUACUUGAGCUGUUGGGGUCCCAAUUGACAUCCAAAUCUCUCUACUUCUCAUGAUUUGUGCCACUCCAGAGCUGUAUUACCCCUUUGUUGCCCAAUCUGUAAAUACUGAUUGAGAACAUCAAUUGAUUCUAGAGGACAAAGUAACAAGAUCAUGCAUCAUUCUAUUUA